GCCGCGGCACGCACGCACGCAGCACCGCUUAAGCCCCGGAUACAAAGACAUGGAGGGGUUGCUAAGCGGCGCCGGCGCGCGCCUCCCGGUCGCGCUCCUCCUCCUCCUCAUCUCCCACCUGCGGCUGAGCUCCGGCGCGUGCCCGUGCGAGGACCCCGCGCUCUGCAACCCCAUCUCCGGAGCCAGGGACUUCGAGGUCUUUAUAUUUGACAUUGGUGGGCAGGCCUGGAAAUUUUAUGACUGGUCACAUAUUACUACAGUGGCGAUUUUUGGAAAAUAUGACCCUGAGCUUAUGUGUUACGCCCAUUCAAGAGGAGCCAGAGUUGUUUUAAAAGGAGACAUAUCUGUGAAGUCAAUUGUUGACCCUGCUGUCAGAGCAGCCUGGAUAAAAGAAAAAGUGGAUCUGGCCAAAAGACAGCAUCUGGAUGGAAUCAAUAUAGACAUUGAACAGGAGGUUGCAAAGUCUUCACCUGAAUACUAUGCGUUAACAGAUUUGGUUAAAGAAACAACAGAAGCUUUUCACAGAGAAAUUCCAGGAUCACAGGUGACUUUUGAUGUAGCCUGGUCUCCAGAUUGUAUAGACAAACGAUGUUACAACUACACCGGGAUUGCAGAGUCUUGUGAUUUCGUAUUUGUUAUGUCUUACGAUGAACAGAGUCAGGUGUGGUCACAAUGCAUAGCCAGAGCCAAUGCUCCAUAUAACCACACCAUAAUGGAAUAUGAAAAAUACAUUCACAUGGGCAUUAAUCCAAAGAAGAUUGUGAUGGGUGUUCCAUGGUACGGCUAUGAUUAUACCUGUCUAGGCUUAAUUAAGGCCCAUGUUUGUUCAAUUGCAAAAGUUCCUUUUCGAGGGGCUCCAUGCAGUGACGCGGCAGGACGUCAGCGCCCGUAUAAAGUAAUCAUGGAUCUGGUAAACAGUUCUAUUUCCGGGAUCCUGUGGGAUAAGGAACAGGAAGCCCCAUAUUUAGAAUACAGGGACGAACAUGGUGUUUUUCAUCAAGUGUGGUUUGACAAUCCCAGGAGCAUUUCUCUGAAGGCAGCCUAUGUGAAAAAACUUGGUUUAAGGGGCAUUGGCAUGUGGAACGCAGAUUGCCUUAACUACUCCGGUGGCUCCGUAGCACAAGAGCAAACAGCAGCAAUGUGGGCAGCCUUGAUACCAAAGUGACUUAAUGAGAGUGUUUAGUUUGCCUGUUAGCUGUCAUUAUUUUCAAUUUUAAUGAAUAUUUACAUGCAGAUAUAAUUAGUUUUAAUUAUCUGGUUUUUAUUUUUUUCAAUUUUAAUACAUCAUUAUCAGCAAAUAAAAUUAAAUACCUGCUUUAUAUUUUGUUCAGCAUUAAUAAAUAACGUUUUAAGUACCUU